AUGUCUUCCAAAGUGAUCGAGAUAAACUCCAACCAGCACUUCAAAUCCACCGUCGCCUCAUCCACCUACACCGUCGUCGACUUCUACGCCGACUGGUGUGGUCCCUGCAAGCAAAUCUCUCCGAUCUUCUCCCAGCUCGCAACAGCAGAGAGCAAACCCGGCAAGAUAGUCUUCUGCAAAGUGAACGUCGACAACCAGAAAGAUGUCGCAGGAACCUAUGGCAUCUCUGCUGUUGGACACGACAGCAUGCCCACCUUCCUCAUCCUCAAAGGCACCUCGGUAGUCGAGACCGUCCGCGGCGCCAACCCCACCGCCCUCCGCACCGCCAUCCUCUCCGCCGCCGCCAACGCCGCAAAAGGCCCUGCGAAGAGCAGCGCGAGUUUCUCUGGCAAGGGGCAGACGCUCGGCUCGAGCGACAGCAAUAUAACGCCAAAGACAGUGCAAGCGCCGAGCGUGGAUUGGAGUGCGCUGAUGGCGAGUCCGGCGGCUUUUGCGCAGGGGAGAGGCUGGCCGGGUGCGGUGGUGCGGUUUGUGGGGUUGUAUGUGUGGACGCUAUUGAGUUUGGAGCCGAUGAAGGCGGCGCAGGAGAGUCCGUUUACUGUGCAGACGAGUGGGGGAAGGAGAGUGGGUUAA